AUGACUGAUCUGUCACAGCUGCGCUGCACCUUGCAGCACUACGACAUGCGUUCACACAACCCGUCCAAAGCUGUUUUCCGCUCACAUCGACUUUCUCAGCGAUUUCCAGCUGCUCUCGAUGUCGAAACGGCGCUCGCUGCUGGCCACAACGUAUUCGCCUUGGAUUUGACACUCUACCUGCUGCCUCUCAUUCGGCGCGAAACGGUUCGAGUCUCCCUCACGACGCUUGCCAUUGCGAACUGGCGGCUUGCCCAGUCGCGGGGCUCUGCGCAACAAUUGGUGAGUGACUAUACCGAAAACCCCUUCCCACUGCCGCGCGAGGUGGUGCCUGAUGCAUAUGCUCUUGCGCAUCUCGCUGAAAACGCCGAUUUUGCUCACCACAUUCGACGACAAAUUUCUACCGAUGACCGCACUCCGCACACUGCCUACGGUGUUUACCAGGAAGUGGCUUGCUGGAUUGCUGUCGAAGAACUGCCCCGCGCGCUGGAUGUUGCCACGGCAGCCGCACGAAAUGUGGAUCGGCUUGACUUCCGAGCCUUUGCCGCAGUUCUGCUCCAAUCACGAGGGCGCAGCACUUGGCGCGACUUGAUCCGCGAGGUGACAAGCAACUCCGAAGCCAACCCUCCUCAAUUUGUUCGCGACGCACUGUUUGUGUGCGCUGUCGAGCAACCGAAUCUCGCGCAAGCUGAAGCGAGCGUCAUGCAGCUUGUCGGCUGGAUGAAUCAGUCAAACCAUUCCCUCACGAUUGACAACUGGAACAGCGUUCUUGCUCUUGCCGUGCGCCGCGGAAACCCGGCUGUCGUCGCUCGAGUGCUCGAGACCAUCUCGAAUGCCGGGCUUUCUCGCAACACCGACACACUUCGCUUGCUGCUUGCAGAUGCUGUGCUGCAAGGCAACUUGCUGUCGGCCAUGUCGUUUGCAAUGACCAUUCACCAACUGGAGGGCCGAGUGCGCUUUAAUGAGAUGGAUUUGCUCGAGCGAGCCUACGCUGCCACCGCAACAAAUCCAGCCUCGUCCCCUGAUCGUGAGACGUUUUACAACCAGUUGCAGUCGUUGGCAAAGGCGAGCGGAUAUCAACUUGCGUCGUCGAGGCAGCCUAGUGCUGUAUCCGAGUCAUCUGGCAAACCCCGUGACACUGCCUCCCUCAAUCGCGAUGCCGAGCUCGCACGAGCGGGCUGGUAUUCCCUAUUCCAAGCGGAGGGCAACGCGCGGAGUCGUGGCGCCACGAUCCACGCUCCAUCAUCCGCCCUCGCGUGA